GAAGAGAGAAGGCAUUAAGGGGAAGUGACGCUCUCCUCGCUCAGGGCGGAAGUUCCCCGCCCCACCCGUAAGAGUUGGGAAUUUGACUAAAGGCAAAAGAGGAUUUUGCCCGGGUUCGCGUUGUCCACGGCUCCUCCUCUUGUUGCUGCAGGCGUGAUUCCUGGGACUCAGAUGGACCACACAUCCCCGACCUACAUGCUUGCUAACUUAACCCACUUACAUUCUGAACAACUUCUACAGGGCUUGAAUCUUCUUCGUCAACAUCACGAACUCUGUGACAUCAUUCUUCGAGUAGGUGAUGUUAAAAUCCAUGCUCACAAAGUGGUACUUGCCAGCAUCAGCCCAUAUUUCAAAGCUAUGUUUACUGGAAACCUUUCUGAAAAAGAGAACAGUGAGGUUGAGUUUCAGUGCAUUGAUGAAACUGCUCUCCAGGCCAUUGUGGAAUAUGCCUAUACAGGGACUGUUUUUAUUUCACAAGACACAGUUGAAUCUCUCCUUCCAGCAGCAAACCUACUCCAGAUAAAACUUGUCCUGAAAGAAUGUUGUGCAUUUCUUGAAAGCCAACUUGAUCCUGGUAAUUGUAUUGGAAUUUCUCGCUUUGCAGAGACAUAUGGUUGUCAUGACCUUUAUUUGGCAGCCACUAAAUACAUAUGCCAGAAUUUUGAAGCAGUUUGCCAGACUGAAGAGUUUUUUGAGCUUACGCAUGCUGAUUUGGAUGAAAUUGUUUCCAAUGACUGUUUGAAUGUAGCUACUGAAGAGACUGUUUUUUAUGCACUUGAGUCUUGGAUCAAGUAUGACGUCCAAGAACGCCAGAAAUACUUAGCACAGCUACUUAACAGUGUACGAUUACCAUUGCUGAGUGUUAAGUUUCUCACUAGAUUAUAUGAAGCAAAUCAUCUUAUUCGUGAUGAUCGCACUUGUAAACAUCUUUUGAAUGAAGCUCUGAAGUACCACUUUAUGCCUGAACACAGACUCUCUCAUCAGACAGUCUUGAUGACACGACCUCGCUGUGCUCCCAAAGUACUUUGUGCAGUAGGAGGAAAAUCUGGACUGUUUGCCUGUUUGGAUAGUGUGGAGAUGUACUUUCCUCAGAAUGACUCUUGGAUUGGUUUGGCACCCCUGAACAUUCCUCGCUAUGAAUUUGGAAUAUGCGUUUUAGACCAAAAAGUGUAUGUUAUAGGUGGUAUUGAAACUAACGUGCGUCCUGGCAUCACUAUCAGAAAACAUGAAAAUUCAGUCGAAUGCUGGAAUCCUGAUACAAAUACCUGGACAUCUCUUGAGAGAAUGAAUGAGAGCCGAAGUACCCUUGGAGUAGUGGUACUUGCAGGAGAACUUUAUGCUUUAGGUGGUUAUGAUGGACAAUCUUAUUUACAAUCUGUAGAGAAGUAUAUUCCCAAAGUAAGAAAGUGGCAACCUGUGGCACCAAUGACUACAACAAGAAGUUGUUUUGCCGCAGCUGUGUUGGAUGGAAUGAUAUAUGCCAUUGGUGGGUAUGGUCCUGCCCACAUGAACAGUGUGGAGCGUUAUGAUCCAAGUAAGGACUCCUGGGAGAUGGUUGCAUCUAUGGCAGAUAAAAGGAUUCACUUUGGUGUGGGUGUCAUGCUAGGCUUUAUUUUUGUGGUGGGUGGACAUAAUGGUGUUUCACAUUUGUCAAGCAUUGAAAGAUAUGACCCUCAUCAAAAUCAGUGGACUGUGUGUAGACCAAUGAAAGAACCCAGAACAGGAGUUGGUGCUGCAGUAAUUGAUAACUACCUUUAUGUAGUGGGUGGUCACUCAGGGUCUUCCUAUCUGAAUACUGUGCAGAAAUAUGACCCUAUCUCAGAUACAUGGCUGGAUUCAGCUGGCAUGAUAUACUGUCGCUGCAAUUUUGGAUUAACUGCACUUUGACAAGUGUGGACUUGUGGAAAUAGCGUAGUGAUGAACCUUGUGCCGCAUGAAAGGAUGCCCAGUUUUCUGAAGCCCAAAAGCUACAUUGCUUUCUUUUUAACUUGAAAUGGCAUGAAGACUCAAAGUUUUGUUGGGUACUUUGAACUGACAAGUAGCUUUGGUUGCUCUUGAUUAU